AUGGCCGUUCGUAGCGCGAGCCAAUUUGACCCCCUCGAGGAUCUCGCGGGGCCGCUGCGUGUGCCGGCCGCCGAGCGGACGUACGGCCGCCAGUUUGCGCAGGUGUACGACUACCGCCUUGCGGUGCUGCGGCGCCGCGUGCUUGCGUCGGCGACCGAGGCGUAUGGCGAAAAGCCGCCGUACGUCGAGCGCAUCCUCGAUAUUCCGCCCAAGCAGCUGUGCUUUGUGAUUGGCACGGUGUAUGCGAACCUGAAACUGAAGCCGGAUGUGCUCCAGGAGAUUGCACGCGAGCAAUCCAUCGCGCCGCAGCCGGUGCCGACGUACGUCGACCCCGGCCACGACGAGCUGUACAUUGAGGACCAGAGCGGGCGCGUGCGCAUUGUCGGGCCCAAGGUUGCGUCGGGGACGCCGCUCGCGGCCAAGUGCGUCACGGGCGCGGUCAUUGGCGUGUUUGGCGCCGAGACGCCGGACGGCGACCUGGAAGUCGCCGACAUUGCGCUGCCGGGCCCCCCAGCCCCCCUGCCGCUGGAGCCGGCGAGGGUCAAGGAGGAGGGCGAGGCGUACAUUGUGCUCGCGAGCGGCCUCCAGAUGGGCAGCGCGGACGCGGCCAACGACAUGCACUACGACCUCCUCCAAGAGUGGCUUUCCGGCGAGCUCGGCAGCGCGUCCGAGCGCGCAGACACGGCCCGCAUCUCGAGCAUGGUGAUUGCGGGCAACUCGGUAAGCAAAGCAAGCUGGGUACCGCGUGAGACGUCCGUGAUGGAAAAGCGGCAGCAGCCGGCGGCGCUGACGCACUCGCCGUUUGCCGAGCUCGAUCCGAUGCUUGCGUCGCUCUGUGCGACGCUCGACGCGGUGGUGCUUAUGCCGGGCGCGCAGGACCCCAGCAGCGCGACGCUGCCGCAGCAGCCGCUGCUGCGUGGCCUGUUCCCCCGCGCCGCGCAGUGGGACAAUCUGCACUGCCUGACGAAUCCCGCGUGGCUCGGGCUGCACAACAGGACGAUCCUGAGCUCGUCGGGGCAGAAUGUCGACGAUCUCGUCAAGUACCUGCCCGAGGGCAAUGCGUCGCCCGCGCUGCAGAUGGCGCUCGCUACGCUGCAGUGGUCGCACGUCGCGCCGACGGCGCCAGACACGCUGUGGUGUUAUCCGUUCAAGUCGACCGACCCCUUUGUGGUGCGUGCCGCGCCGGAUCUAUACGUCAUCGGCAACCAGGCCAAGUACGAAACGGCGACGUUCGAGGCGCGCACGGCCGACGGCUUUCCUCACACCAUCCGCGUGGUCCUCGUGCCAGAGUUUGCGACGAGCCACGAGGUGGUGCUGGUCAACAUGGCGACGCUCGAGCCCCGUAUCGUAUCCUUCGCGGCGUAG